AUGGAGCAGCGGCGGGAGCAGCGGGCGGAGGCCCUGGAGCGGUUGGACGGGGUGACACGGGAGCGCUUCCUGCGGGACAUCUACCCGCGGAGAAAGCCAGUAGUGCUGACAGGAUUGGAACUGGGCACUUGCACCACCAAAUGGACAAUAGAUUACUUGAGCCAAGCUGAAGGAUCUAAAGAAGUAAAGAUUCAUGUUUCUGCAGUGCCACAGAUGGAUUUCCUCAGUAAGAACUUUGUGUAUAGAACUCUGCCUUUUGAUGCAUUUGUGCGAAGAGCAGCUGAAGUCAAGCACAAGGAGUACUUUCUUACUGAGGAUGAAAAGUACUAUUUGCGAUCAGUGGGUGAAGAUGUUAGGAAGGAUAUUGCAGAUAUCAGGAAGCAGUUUCCUAUUUUAGCAGAAGAUGUUCAUAUUCCAGAGUAUUUUGAGAAGGAACAGUUUUUCUCUAGUGUCUUCCGCAUCAGCUCAGCUGGAUUACAGCUAUGGACACAUUAUGAUGUAAUGGACAACUUCUUAAUCCAAGUCACAGGGAGAAAAAGAGUUGUUUUGUACAGUCCUCGAGAUGCACCAUAUUUAUAUUUAUCAGGUACUAAAUCAGAGGUGCUGGAUGUGGAUAACCCAGACAUGGAGAAAUAUCCCCUUUUUGUGAAAGCCAAGCGCUAUGAAUGUGUUUUGGAAGCAGGAGAUGUGUUAUUUAUUCCAGCUUUGUGGUUCCAUAAUGUAAUUUCUGAGGAAUUUGGAGUGGCACUGAAUGUCUUUUGGAAGCACCUUCCUGCUGAGUCCUAUGAUAAGACUGACACUUAUGGAAAUAAAGAUCCCAUGGCAGCCUCUAGAGCUAUACAGAUCUUGGACAGAGCCUUGAAAACACUUGAAGAACUACCUGAGGAAUACAGGGAUUUUUAUGCUCGGAGAAUGGUAUUACGUAUCCAAGAAAAGGCCUACAGGAAUGAUUAUGGAUAAAGCAACACGCUGCAAUUCAGCAAGGUCCCUUGCAAGUAGAAAAUUGUAUGUUAGUAUGGAAACUGUCCAUCUGUCCUUACAUACACUUUCUGUGAGACCAAUAAAAACUGUCAAUAAACAUUCUUUUAUUACAAAA